AACGGUUGCUCUGAAGAUCUCGAAAAUAAUCUAAUUAUACGAAGAAGAGUUUACGAGUAGUUUAACUGAUGGAUCCGAGGAAGUAUAGUUAUGUUAAUCUACAAUUUUAUAGUAGCUUCUAUAGUCAUGAUAACGUAUUGUUUUAUAGUGAAUUGAGUCAGGUCUGGGUUAAUCACAAGAAGAAGUGUAGUUGAAGUAUAGUUGAAGUAUAGUUGAAGUAUAGUUGAAGGAUAGUUUAAGUAUAGUUGAAAUAACCCGAGGAAGUAUAGUCUUAUCAAUCUAGAAUUUCAUACUAGCUUCUAUAGUCAUAUUAACCUAACGUUUUAUGGUCAAUUGAGUUAAGUCUGGGUUAAUCAUAAGAAGAAGUAUAGUUCAAGUAUAGUUCAAGUAUAGUUUAAGCAUAGUUUAAGUAUAGUUGAAGGAUAGUUUAAGUAUAGUUGAAAUAACCCGAGGAAGUAUAGUCUUAUCAAUCUAGAAUUUCAUAGUAGCUUCUAUAGUCAUAUUAACCUAACGUUUUAUGGUCAUUUGAGUUAAGUCUGGGUUAAUCAUAAAAAGAAGAGUUGAAGUAUACCUUAAUUGAUGAAUUCGAGGAAGUAUAGUCUUAUUAAUUUAGAAUUUCAUAGUAGCUUCUAUAGUCAUGUUAACCUAUUGUUUUAUGGUCAAUUGAGUUAGGUCUGGGUUAAUCACAAGAAGAAGAGUUGAAAUAUAGUUGAAUUAUAGUUGAAGUAUAGUUGAACUGAUGAACCCAAUGAAGUAUAACCUAGGUAAUCUAAAAUUUCAUAUAAGCUUCCAACCUAAACCUAACAUUUUAUACUCAACUAGAUCCCCAACUAUUUUCAGUUCCAACAAAAUGAAAACAUACACAAUCAUAUAAUUAUUCAGAAUCGAUGACAAAAUUUAUUUACACGUUUUUUGCCUGCUUCACUUCGUGGAUCAGGAUUAGGUGACCCAGUUAAAAUGUUUUUGACCAAAAUCUUUGGCUUAUGAUUAAAAGCCCGGGGAAAGCAACGCAAACGGGACAUUUUUAAAGCGUGACGCGCGCAACGGUGACUCGAGUUCCAGCGUGCUCGGUAAUUAUUAAUCGCACCAAUUAGGAGGUCCUCGAACGCUCAAUCUCGUUCGUGAAAUAUAUUCUUCGGAGAUAGUGAUUUCUUUUGUUAUUUAUUAAAUGAGCGUACUCGAUGGCUUGAACUUUACAUCUUACGAUAAAUUAUUUCGGCGGUGACUAAUAAUAUUGUGACUCUUAAUCUACACUUCAGAUUUAGCUUGACAACCGCAACAAGUUACACGUGUUUACCAAUACGCAACAUUAUAUAAUAUAGUCAACUAAACAACGAUGUUUAUAGUAGACAGCGUAGCUGUACUAACUGCAGUGGUUUUUAGUUUGUUGCAAUUACUUUGACUUUAAAAUGGUCCUCGACAAAAUACAACUAUCUUUGCAAAAAUUUCAUUUAUUUAGCUACGAUAAAAUUAGAUUCUCUUCGUUGCAAUUUAAGCAUUUAUUUAAUUAUUUUCUUUUACAUACAGUAAUCUAGAUAUAAACGCUUACAAUUACACAGAGCCAUCAAUAAGACUAUCUUCUACACGCAACAAAAAUAUUUGCACAUAAAUUAAAUAAUUAAGCAGCUUGUCAGAAGCAAAGAUUCUCCAUCGUCGUUGUAUCAAUUAAAUCAAAUUUUAGAUUAAUCUUAACUAAUUCUUAACUCUUUUCACACCACUUUCUCCAUUUUUUAUUUCACUCUCGCUGAUACUGGGUUAUCAACUACUCGAUUGAUAUACUAUUGUUAUUCUAGACACAAUGUAGUCUUAUCAAUAACUUGUUAUGUAUCUAGCGAUGACCUGAUUAAUGGUCGAAAGCGUUUACACGCAGAUUACGUAAACAUAUCCCAUCUAAAGAAGAAUAAUUAAUGAGUGCUUCAAUUACAAUUAGCAAGAUCUUCAAUUUUCUCUUUCUCUCUUUCUCUUUCUCUCUUUCUCGACGUAAGUUCUCUGACAAACUGUGUCACAUUAUUGACAUCCAGAUUAAAAGUUUAACACCCCUCGAAAACAAUUAGUUUCCGUCGCGUUCGUUAAGACUCCCUUGUUUCAUCGACUCGCAUCGACCCUUAAAUCCCUAAACUUCAUUCGCGCCACAUCCAGCCGAUCGAACAAUAGUUGCACAAUAGAAUCAAAUGAUUCACCCGACUAAUUCACGCUUUCCAUUGCUAUGCGCGCUGGACGCACAGAUUCUAGGAGACAGGCUUCCUUUAUGCAAAUUGUAAUCGUCUCCCUUCAAAGGUUAAGAUCGUUGUAGCGCCCUACGUGACUUCCGGUCGCCCAGCAGCCUCUCUUCCUUCUUAAUUCUUAAACGAAAUCGACGUGUUCAGUGAAACAAGGAAUAAUUUUCCCGUCUAUGAAUCACUAUUCGAUGUUAGGUAGUAGUCUCGUGAUCGGGAUAAAUUAUCCACCCUUUAUAAUUAUUUCCACGUCUUCCAUCUAAUCGUUUUAAUUCAACUUUCGCUAUUUUUAAUUCAAUUUUUCAUUCAACUUUCCUGUAUCUUCGACCUGCUAUUUUCAAUUGGACUUUCUUUAAAUUGCGUUGGUAGCGCUCCAUUGUAAAUUUUUCAACUUUCAGUAUUCUUAAUUCAAUUUUUAAUUCAACUUUACCGUAUCUUCGACCCACUACUUCCAAUUCGACUUUCUUCGCGUUGGGAGCUCCAUUGUAAAAUUAAUAAAAUUAAAUUUUAGAAAUUCGUACGCACUUUAUCCUCGAUUAAGUAAUUUCGAUAUUUUUAUUCUGGGUUAUUCUUAAUCUCAACUAUUUUUGCAACAUCUGAUCUCGACGAUCUUCUUCUGUGAGAGAUUGUUGUACGUUCAGCAACUGUAAUUAAUCGCGAGUGGUACGCUCGAUGCGAAUGGGAGGGUGAAUUUGAUUGCUCAUUAGGCAAAUGAAGAACAGGCGUUCUCCGGGUUCUUAGGAAGGUUACUCUUUAAAACACGGCCGCUACAAUGACCCAGUCGCCAGGUUUGCUCGAUAUAUCGAUUUUGCGAGGACAACAGAAGGAGUGCCCACGAGGAGUGUUCCGCCUUACUGCCUCAAAAUAAGAAACGCGAUACUAUUUCGAAUAAAAAAAGCAUCGUCAAACACAUCUAAAUAACGUAUUACCAAUAAUCCAUACAGGUAUUAAAAGAGCAUAAGGUCGAUCGAGAAUGAACGUGCGGCGUUGGUUUUAUUCGUGAUCAAUUAUUCAAGAGAACUUCUACCUGCCUUUACUAAAAUGUUAGGUCGUUUCAUACAUUCGUGCCUCUUAUUUUUCUGUUAUUCCAAUUGACAUAUGAAAAUAUUCAAAUUACCUAGGAAAAUUUCUCUCGUUUUACGAUAUUUUCUCAUCUUUCUGACAUAGUCAUUAUACAGUCUCUAUACAAUUUUUGUAGUUUUAUUUAUUAAGUAUUUUAUUAAGUAUCGCCUCAAUCUACAGAACGAAUUUAUGGGACGACCUAAUAUUUACGACUGUAGCAUUAGUAAACAAAAUAAGCUUCAAUCCACUGCUUUUAAUCGGACUAAUUACUAUCGAGACAUCCUGAUACCUUCGAUAGACCGAAAUAUUUUAAUGAAAAAUGAUCGUGAAUGAUCGAGUGAAAUGUUUCGCAAGUAAACGGGGAGGAAUCGUGAAGGGUUAAAGGGUUACGCGAAAAAGCGUCGGUGGCGGCUGAACCCGCAAUGAUAGUCAAUAAACAGUGAGUAAGAGAGAGCACCAGUCGGAGUGGCAUUAAUAAAUUAGUGUCUAGUUGGUACAAGCAGCGGCAGCAGCGGCAACAGGAGCAUCGACAGAAGCCGGAGGAACAACAGAUAGAAGAGGAAGACGAAUAGGAAGAGGUGGAGGUGAUGACGAUGACGGGUACAAUCAUGGACACCGACCACCAUUCGAUUCUCUCACUCGCUAAAUUUCAAGCGUAGUCGAUCAAAGCUGUUCGAAUCAUCUUGAGUCGGUGACGAGGAUGAAUUCGGAGGAGAGAAGGUGGUGAAGGCAUCGAGCGAACAAGGAGGAGUGGACGCGGUCGUCGCGGUCUCUAAACGCGACAGAGCGCGUGUCGUUCGUGUGGGAUCGGAUCCCUCGGUGUGUGUCAGUGCGAAGGAAGACAAUUGACUCGCCGCCGUGCUUGCCGGGGGCCUUCUGACGUCACAUCCUGUCCUCUGGCUAGUCGCGAUCUCGUUUGGACCACGGCACGUCAAGCGAACGAACAACGAUGACCGACCACAACAAACGGAUCCUCAGGGUCCUCGUUUGGGCGAACGUUUACGCGAUGAUCCUGGCGAACCUAACCGAAUCGUCGGAAACGGACCUGUCCGACGAUACGGACGCGUUCACCACGACCAAGAGAACGUUUCCCGACAGGUGCCUGGUGAAAACUGAGCCAGGUCCGUGCAAACAGUACGUCCACAAGUGGACGUUUAACAAGACUGAGGGAAAAUGCAGGGUGUUCCCCUAUGGCGGCUGUCUUGGGAACGAGAAUCGCUUCAACUCGGAAGCUGAGUGCCUCCACUAUUGCGUAGGCGGUCCUGAACAUACGUUGCCGCCUUAUUUAGUAACAAAAGCGAGUGUGUUUGUGACGAGCACUGGGACAACAAGCACGCUGCCUCCUACAACCACUCCGAGGGUAACGUUCUCGCCUACUGUACCGACGAGACCACCUGUACCGAAGUACAAAAGAGGAAAGGAGCUAACUUUCAUGGAGUCUGGCUACGAGAAGACCUUCAUGUUCGCCCAGAGCAACACGUUCAUCCAGCUUGACGGCAGUGGCAUCAAACCGUUCCAACUCAGACUGUGCCGCGAGAUAUCCUUCAAGUUCCGCACGAAGCUACCGCACGGUCUGCUGGUCUACCACAGCGUCAAGGAUCGACCAGAGGGUCUGGAUCCGUAUGCUCUGUACGUGAUCGUCGAGAAGGGUCAAUUAAAAGUUGUCCACGUGUUUGGAAAACGAUCGACUAGCUUGACGGUGGGCGAGGGCUUGAACAGGGACGAGUGGCACAGCGUUCUGGUGAGGAUAGACGUCCACGGUGCGAAAUUGAUCGCCAGAGUGGACGACAAACAGGAAGAGACCACCCUCAAAGUUCUGGAACACGUGAUCAAUUAUGGAGUCUCCGAGGAACUCGCGUCUGUCGUCCUUAUUGGAGGAUUGAGUUCCGAAGAGCGGCUGCACGGCGUGAAGUACAUAAUAGAAUCCUUCGUGGGAUGCAUAAGAGACAUGGUUCUCAGUUCAGGGAAAUCAGCCAGUGAUCUGUUACCCAUUCAACCUCUGAUCGCCACGAAGCACGAGAACGUGAAAGAGGGCUGCAUCGACAAAUGCAGGACACGAGAGAAUCUUUGCUUCAUUUCCACUCAGUGCGUGAAUCACUACAACAGUUUGACUUGCGACUGCUUUGGGACAAAGUACGAGGGAGAACGUUGCGAUGUGUACACGGCUACAAUUUUAACGCUGAGAGGCUCGUCGUACGUAUCCUUUCGCGUGUACGACUGGAAAGACAGAGUUCACUCAUCCGUCAACAGGAUAAGCCUUUCGUUCAAGACAAAGUGGGACGACUCAGCCCUAUUCUACGCGUCUGGCGAGAUCGAUGGGACCCCGCACUACGUGGCAGCCUCCAUCGUGAAUGGAUCGGUGCACGUCGCCCUAGAUUUCGGGCACAACUCGAAAAUUGCCACGGUGCUCGGUGAUUACAUCACUGCGAACCACUGGAACAAUCUCACGAUAUUCCACAACGGGACCCUGGUGUUCGUCAGCCUGGACGACGAGACGAAAGUGCUGGAGGUUCCUGGAGAAAAUUACAAUAUGAUCAUCGAUCCUGAAAUUUACAUCGGCGGCGGGCCCGAGCUGCACAAGAAGAAGGGUCUCCUUUCGCACAAUAAUUUCGCAGGCUCGCUGAAAUACGUUUUCUUCAACGACAAGUCCAUCAUCUACGAAUUGAAGCGAUCCAAUCCCAUGGUGCACUACAUCGGCGUCUUGGAGCCUGAAUAUUACGAGGCAGACGUCGACGUAAUUCCGAUAACGUAUCCCUUCGCUGGUAGCCAUAUUUGGUGGCCGAUAGAGCGAACCGACUCGCUGAAGUUGAAUUUCGAUUUCAAAAGUUAUAAGCCCGUGGCAGUGGUGGCGUCUGGUGACGUGAAGAGCAAUCGAGGCCUCGGAUACUGGGAGCUUCGUCUGGUCAACGACGAGAUCCGUUUCCAACUGAUCCCUGUGUUGUUGGAGAACGUGACGGUCUCGGCUGCCGUCAAGUUUCCACCGUACAACACAUCCUGGCACGCGGUUGAGUUGAAUUACACGAAAGGGGAGCUCAGCGUCCUGGUGGACUACAGGAACAAGCAGAGUAAGCUGUUCUCCAUGACCUUCGAGCUUGGCGACAAAGUGAUCAUCGGGAGUGGGAAAAGCAACGCAGGUCUGGUUGGCUGCAUGAGAGAAAUACGAGUGAACGAUGAGAGGAUAGAGCCUAGAUACGUUGUCAACACCGAAAGAGUCAUCGGAGAGGUUGCCUUGGACAACUGCCAGUUCGUGGACCCCUGCACGAGACCGAACACCUGCGAGCAUGGCGGCAAAUGCUCUGUAAAGGAGGACAGGAUCACCUGCGAUUGCACAGACACUGGGUACAUGGGGAAAAACUGUCAUUUCGCUCAAUAUAGAAAGACUUGCGAGGAGCUAGCUCUACUAGGCUACACCCUAGACGACGUCUACAAGAUCGACAUCGACGGAAAUGGCAGAUUUCCGCCUGCCCUCGUGAAAUGCGAAUUUCAAUCCAUCGAGGACUCCACGAAAACCAUAGUGGAACAUAACUUACCCUCGCAGGUCGACGUGAGAUCCAUUUCCGAAUCUGACUUCUCCUUCAACAUCAAGUACAGACAGUUCACUGCCGAGAUGCUCCAGGAGUUGAUCUCACAUUCGUUGUACUGCAGCCAGUAUGUCAAGUAUGAUUGCUACAAAGCGCCUUUGGAGUUGCACAGUGCCACUUGGUUCCUGAGUUCGAAGGGAACUACCGUUGACUACAUUGGGAACGUCAACAGGGGCUCCUGUCCUUGCGGAAUGAACAGGACUUGCGUUGACUCGAAUCUGAGCUGCAACUGCGAUGUUCUGGCUGGAAACGCUGGAAAAUGGUUAUCGGAUGAAGGUUACUACGAAACCCCGGACUCCCUAGGCAUCACAGGGAUGGUAUUCUUGCAACAGAGAGAUCUCGAGGAGGAUGCGCAAGGUCGAGUCACUUUGGGCCCGUUGGAAUGCGUUGAGACGAACACGCAGAAAUACGUGGUCACGUUCACAACCUCGCAGUCCUACAUCGAAGUACCAGGCUGGCGUAAAGGAGACAUAGCCUUCAGCUUUCGUACAACCGGCGAGAAAGCCAUUCUGCUGUACCAACCACCGAUCAGGAGCAACUAUCCGUCCUUCAUGGUGGCACUCACCUCGGAGUACCGCUUGACGUUCAAUUUUACCCUGAACACUGGCACCGUGAGAGAUUUGCAGGUGAAGAGCGUACGAAAACUGAACAACGGCGAGUGGCAGAAGAUCUGGAUCGAUUACAACGACUACCAUGUCAGGUUCAUGAUCAACACCGAGUUCCAGAUGGUUGACCUGCUCCCUGAGGAGGAGUUCGGACCCUUCGAGGGUUCCAUGUUCAUCGGUGGAGCUACCGCGGAGCACUUGAGGACUUCCUCGGUCCGUCAGGGUCUCAUCGGUUGUUUUCGAGGUCUAGUCGUGAACGGUGAGAUUCUGGACAUUCACAGCUACAUGUCGGUCCACCUGUCCGAGAUUAUAAAGGACUGCAAACCCUCCUGCCAACCGAAUAAGUGCGAGAACGGCGCCAGGUGCGUAGAACUCUGGAGCAAAUUCGAGUGCGUCUGCGAGAACAGGUGGGCUCACCUUGGCACCUAUUGCGAAAGGAACAUAAACAACAAAGCUCUGACCUUCACGUCGCAAGCAGCCUUCUUGAAGAAGAACUACUUCGGGACGGAUGAACAGGACGAAGAGAAACAGUUGAUGAAGACUAUACUCUUGCAGAACAUCCUGAUCAACCUGAGAACCUACGACACUCACUCCUUGAUUCUCUACGCGAACGACCACCUGAACAACUUCGCCCACCUCUACAUCUCCAACGGGACGAGCAUCGUUUACCUCUUCAACGCUGCCAACGAGAUCAAAAACAUCACCGUCGAAUACCCAGGCGCAAACACGGGGAUCUCCGUGCAGAUCGCCAUAAUCCGAAACGAAAGGUCGACAACGUUGCACGUUAACGAGUACAACGUUACCCUGAACGCCACCCCUGUCCUGCUGGACACCUACUCCAACAAGCCCUGGACGAACCCUGAGAAAGAGGUCCUGGCACCUCAGAGGCCUCCGGCUCCGCCCAGCGACUACUUCCAGGUGAAUCUAGGAGGCUUCGACCCUGACGAUCUUCUAAGAGUUGGCAAAGAGGGAAUGCUGAUCAAAGGGUACGUCGGCUGUCUUCGUGGUCUGAUGAUAGGGGACUAUCUCGUGGACCUGCCCAGUUUAGCUAACGAGGCGAACCACGAAGGCAGCAGAGAGGUCCUGCACAAUUGCCAAAUGAAGUGCGACGCUGUGCCUUGCAAGAACCUGGGCAUCUGUACAGAGGACUUUGGCAGACAGGAGUCCUCGUGCAACUGCGAGCUGACCUCCUAUUUUGGGGAGAAUUGUGCCGAUGAAAAGGGAGCAGACUUCAGCGGCGAGAGCGUUCUUCAGCGCGAGUUCGACAUCGUGGGGGAAGUGAGCCAGGUGAAGGUCCAACUGGCUUUCUCGACCAACGAGCUUCGACAGCACACCACGUCGCUUCUGCUCCUGCAAACGGAGAACAAAAGAAGCUACUACCUCCUGGUUGCCUUGACGUCGGAGGGCCAGCUGAUAUUCGAGGAGGACAGGGAAGGUUCCGCGUACGGAGUGCGACUGAACGACAGGAACUUCCUGAACGGGGCUCGUCACAGUGUCUACUAUGUUCGCGACAACCAUACAGCUACCCUGUUGAUCGACCGCGAACCGGUCCAGCUGCUGCCGAUCCCCGUGCUGAAUCUUGGCGACGACGAAGACGACACUCCAGGCGUGACGGAGAUUCAACUGGGCGGUUUGAACACGUCGGACUCUCGGUUCAGCGUGUACAAAGGAUACACCGGCUGUCUCAGCAACGUCGUGGUAUCGAUCAACGGAGGUCCUGGCAUGAAGCCACUCGAGGAAUAUAUGCUCUUUACGAAACAGGGAAGUGAAACCGUGAGAGCGACGAUGCCUGCUGGCGUCAGGAGCGCUCAGUGCGCGGUCUUUCACGCCCAACCACGUGGCCUCGACCCGCCUAGAAACGAUAGCGUGGGACGCGACAAAGCCUGGGUGGAGGACCCGCCCGAGAAGGUGGUAUACAAGUCCCAGUACGCCGACGCAACGCAGGAAGAACAGGGCGCGGGUACUUACAUCUUCAUAGGGCUGUGCUGCGUAUUCGUGACAGCGGUGAUCGGUUGCAUCUACGAGGUAUGGCGAAGCGCGAGGAAGGAUCGCCGCAACAGCAGAAGAGCGUCGGUGGUAUCGGGAACGUCCACGGCGGCGACGUCCAGCUCUCAACGAUGGCAGUCGCCGCAGUACGCGGAAUCGGUAACGACUGGGGUGAAAACGGUGGGCUUCAAGAACGUGAACGAAGACGAGAUGAGACCUAACGGUACGCACAUGAAGCCAACGAAAGAGUACAAACCAGUGCCCAACGCGGAGUCGAAAGACUCAGUUAACGAUAAAAGGGUACAUAUCAAAGCAGAUGAGGAACCAGAGAAGAAGGAGCUCCUAGGGGUAAAUACAGGCAUCAUCACUAAACCUCCGAAACCAAAUCCAUUCUCUAUGGAGGACCUCCAAGAGGAACCCGAACUAGAGGAAUGCGAAGAAGAGGAGGCAGGCGAGGAAUACGAAGACGAAGAGGACGAAGAGGACGACACGAAAUUGCAGAACCAAGACGAGGAGGAGGAUCAACCGAAAACAGAAAUUACAGACGACAAAGAUUUCGCGAAGUCGGCAAACACGCACAUUGUUAACGACAAACAACGAUCGACAAUCAAAGAUACGUCUCCAGAUCCUGCGAGGCCUUUGAUUCUCAAUCUGCAACCAAUCUAUCUAUCGGACGAUCUGAGAACCUUUGGAAGUCCACUCAACUAUCUUGGUGCACCGAAAUUUCAACCGAGAAACAGGAACUCUAUAGAAUCAGUAUUAUCCCUGGACUAAUCAUUAAUUCCCAGCGGAAUAAUUACACGAAAUCUUUUCUACUUUUACGGACAAUCAACGCUGAUACAAAGGACAAGGAUGAACAACCUUAAUUCAUUGUUACCGAGAAUUUGAACAGAUGUAUUCAAACAAGGAAACUUUUUGAAACUGUGAGCGCACGAUAUACGAGAACGAAUUCCUAGAAUAAAUUGUUUUAACAUAGUCUCGAAACUUGCAAUGGCAAGAUUAUAAUAUUAGCGAUAGAUGAUGCAUACAUUUCGAGUAUGAAAAUGUAGAUCGAGAUCAUCAACGUGAUUCUUUUCGUACUGAACGUCCAUCGAGGGAGGUACUUGUUCACAUUUCACGCGAUUAUCGAAAGAAAAUAAUAAAAUUAUUUCUGAUACGUUU